GGCGCUGGGGGUGCGGAGUGGCGUCCGUUCGGCUAAGACCCAGCUCCUUCCGGCCACCCAUGCCACAGCUGUUACCCCCCGGGUGGAGGCUAGGAGGAGCCUUGCGGUGUCCAGGCUGCUGUAUUGCUGAAGACCUUAUCUAGUUCACCCAGUCUUCCAGACCAUGUGCUCCAUGCUUUGAGACCAGGAGGACCUUAGUGUUCUGAAAUGAAGAUGGAGACAGUGGGAAAAGCAGAACUUGUUGAUUCAGUUCCACCAAAGACGUCUGAAAAGCAAGAAACUGCUCCUGAUGAAGAUGGACCUAUAGAACUUGAGACACAAAUUCAGAAAGACAACAUGCACGCUGCAGCAGACCCAGCGGUGCUUUCUUCAAUGCCUUGCUUACUGAUGGAACUGAGGCAAGACUCUUCAGAGUCUCAGUUGGCAUCUACAGAGAGCGAUAGGCCAAUGGGUGGUCAAGUUUAUGAGAGUGACUCUUCUAAUCACUGCAUGCUUUCCCCUUCCUCCAGCGGGCAUUUGGCUGACUCAGACACGUUGUCUUCCACAGAAGAGAAUGAGCCCUGUCAAGCUGAAGGUACUGUAGAGGGAGACCUUUCUGAGGUGUCUGGGGCUGCAGUUGGGAGGAAAUCCAGGAGAUCCAGGUCUGAAAGUGAAACUUCAACAAUGGCUGCCAAGAAAAACCGACAGUCUAGUGAUAAGCAGAAUGGUCGAGCUACCAAGGUAAAAGGUCAUCGAAGUCAAAAGCACAAAGAAAGAAUCCGUCUCUUGAGACAGAAGCGGGAGGCAGCUGCUCGCAAGAAGUACAACUUGCUGCAGGACAGCAGUACCAGCGACAGUGACCUGACGUGUGACUCAAGCACGAGCUCAUCAGAUGAUGAUGAAGAGGUUUCAGGGAGCAGCAAGACAAUCACUGCAGAGAUACCAGAUGGACCUCCAGUUAUAGCUCACUAUGAUAUAUCAGACACAAACUCAGACCCAGAAGUGGUAAAUGUGGACAAUCUGUUGGCAGCUGCAGUAGUUCAAGAGCACAAUAAUUCUUUAGGAAAUCAAGACUCAGGAUCUACCUGGAGAACCAGAGGGCUGCUAGAUGAACUGAGUGCUGAUACAGGUCAUUUGGAUCCAGGCUUCCUUGCAGGUGACAAAAUAUCUUUAAGUAAUGCCCAGAUCAAUGAAGAAAUUAAUAUCGCCUCUUCUGAUAGUGAAGUAGAGAUUGUUGGAGUUCAGGAACAUGCCAGGUAUGUGCAUCCCAGGGGAGGUGUGAUUCAGAGUGUAUCUUCUUGGAAGCAUGACUCAAGCUCACAAUAUAUUAACAGUCACCAAACACAAUCAUGGACAGCAGUGACUCCCCAACAGAACUGGUCUUCACCCCCAGAAGUAGUAGACCUCACUUUGGAUGAGGAUACAAGACGCAAAUAUCUACUGUAAUGCAGCAUACCUUUGUUUCUGUCCCCACCUCUUCUCCCGUUUGUGGCACAGAAGUUCAUUGUUAAAGUUUCAACUUCAGAAGCUCCCUUCUUGGCUUUACAAAAUUCAAACUCAUUAUCUUUUUCAUUUCCAUAAGAAUGUAGUAUGAUUUCAAUAUAAUUUAAAAUGGUUUUACCUUCUCAAAGAAGGAUUCAUCCCAGAAUUAAAGCCUAACAGUACCAAAUUUAAAGCACAUCUACAGUUUCUAACAUGUGUGUGUUAAUCUGAAGAAAUAACUGUGUAGACUUAUGUCCAUCCGCCCUUUCUCACCUCCAAUUUCAGAACAUUUUUAGUUUAUCAGUAUAUUGAGUUUGUUAGUAGAAGUUAGUGUUUUGCUGUGUGAGCAUCAGUGGUUUUGAGAAAUGCUGCGUCCUCACUGAUUUCAGUGAAACUGGGGGUAUUCAGUACUUCUGAAAAUUGGGCCAAGAGUAUUUUUACCUAAACUGAUUUGGAUAUUUUACCAGCAGAAGGGACUGUCUUUAAUGCAAACGGCCCAUAACAUAUGCACUGAACAGCUUUUAUUUUAAGCAUUUUUAUUUUCAAUAUAAUCUCUAGUUUGCACUCUUCAGUUCUGAGUAUUCUGACUACUGUGUUUCACUGAUCAUUUACCAUGUCUUGUUAUUGUUUAAAAUAGUAAUAGUAGUGACUUACUAGCAGAUGAUUAUGGCAAAAGCACAGGAAAAAGAAAAGUAAUAAAAAGGCCCAGCAUCUCUCUCUUUUUUAAAUAGAGCUGAAUUUUUUUGCCUAAAUCAGAGUCUUGCCUGGAGUAGGAGAGAAAUGAAACAUUUUGCUUGCAGUCAUGAUUUCUACUGUUGCUUAAUUGCUUCAUUCACCAUCUCAAAAAAAAACCCAACCGCAAACAAGUUCCAAAAUCCCAGUCUGGCAAAGCACUUUAGCAGCUGUGUAACAUUCAUCAGGGACAGUUUGCUGAAACUAGAUGGACUGUUCAAGUGCUUAAAACUCUGUCCUAAAAGGUGUUGCAGGAUUAGAACUUAAGAUUGCGAUUUUUUAAAUGAUUAUUAUUUUUUAAAAUAGAUCUGUACUAUUUUCCUGGCUUUAGGUCAUGUCUCUUAUACUAGUUUUGGAAUUAUUUUUUCAGAUAUGAUUCAGGAAACACUUUCGACCAGAAUAUUUACUGAAAUCAGCGAAACUACUUACUUUAGCAUACUGUAGUUUCUGUAGUGUAUAUGGUAAUUCUAGCCACUCACCUGUCAUUUUGAGCCUUUCUCAAGGCAAAAACCAAAGAUUAGACUUUACAAGAUUGUAUUCACUUUAAAUGUCUAUUGUGUAAUUAAAACAUUUCUUUGUAUUCCUGUUGUUUCUAGUGGGAAUUUUGUACAGCUCUAUCAUCAGAUUUUCUGCCAUUUGAGGCUGAACAGGCAGUAAUGAGGACAUGGGAAGUUCUGUUUUCUUUUUGUGUUGGCUGGUUUAUAAAUUUUAUUUGGCUUCCAAUAAU